UUUUGUCUUUAUUUUUUUUUUGGAUAAGCUUCAAUCUUCCUGUGCCGCUCCACCAUUCCUCUCCCUUUCCCAACCUUUUACUUUUAUUAUUAUUUUAUCCUAACAAUACUGCUGUCUCUGCUUAAUUAAUCAGCAUACCUUCUUAAUAAAAUCUUUUUUUUUUCCAUUUCUUUAAUUUUCCCACACAAAUCUUAAAAUAAUAUUUCAAACCAUCGCGACUUUCAAAUUCCUCGUUCUCUUCAUGCUCACCUAAAAUCAUCCCAGUCCACACGUCUUUUUUUCUGCUUUCCUUGCUGUUUCAAAUUUCACAAGCCACAUCUAAUUCUCUACCUGUCCAUAUAAAUAUACUUCUCUCUUCCCUUAUCCAUUUCAAUUCCUCAACACAACACAACACAAACUCUAUUCAUAUUCUUAUCAUUGAAAAAAUAAUAUUCAACUUCUUUCAUCUUACUACUUCUCUCCAAAAAUGGUUGAUUUACAUUGGAAAUUAAACAUGCCCAAUUCCGACAUGCCUUCCAAAGCUCCAAAACUUUCUCACUCCGAGAAAUCUUCACCACGCACCUGCCUACCCUCUUUGCCACUACCUUCAAUCACCAACGACAUAUCCGCGGCGGCGCCACCACUUUGUUUAGCUUACGACCACUAUCUCCGCCUCCCGGAGCUCCGUAAGCUUUGGAAUUCAAGAGAAUUCCCUAACUGGAACAACGAAUCAAUCCUAAAACCAGCUUUACAUGCACUCGAAAUCACGUUCCGUUUCCUCUCUACGGUUCUCUCCGACCCCAGACCCUAUGCUAACCACAGAGAAUGGAACCGCAUAAUAGAGUCCAUUGCCACGCGACAAAUUGAAAUAAUCGCUAUGCUAUGCGAAGACGAGGAAAAUAACCCCGAAACACGUGGCACAACACCAACCGCUUAUCUCAGCAGCGGCAAUAGCAAUAUCAGAAGCUACAGCGAAACUAGUCUUUUACCACGACUUGCCACGUGGUACAAAUCAAAAGACGUAGCGCAGAGGAUCCUUCUCUCUGUAGAGUGCCAAAUGAUGAGGUGUACCUACACGCUAGGUUUGGGAGAACCGAACCUCGCGGGAAAACCGACCCUCCGAUACGACGACGUUUGCAAACCGAACGAAAUCCACGCACUUAAAACGACGCCGUACGACGACCGAAUCGAGAACUACGAAAAUCACGCGGUUCACGCGACGCACCAGAUCGUGGAGUCAUGGAUUCACGCGUCGCGGAAGCUUCUAGAAAGAAUCGGCGAAUCGAUAAACGGAAGAAGGUUUGAGAAGGCGGCGGAGGAUUGUUACACGGUGGAGAGGAUCUGGAAGCUUCUAACGGAGGUUGAGGAUGUUCAUCUGAUGAUGGAUCCAGGCGACUUCUUGAAACUGAAGAAUCAAUUAUCGAUGAAAUCUUCUUGUUACGAAACGGCGUCGUUUUGUAUGCGGUCAAAGGAGUUAGUUGAAGUGACGAAGAUGUGUAGGGAUUUGAGGCAUAGAGUGCCGGAGAUAUUGGAUGUUGAAGUGGAUCCUAAAGGUGGGCCCAGGAUACAAGAAGCGGCAAUGAAACUUUAUGUAAUGGAGAAGAUAAGUGGUUUCGAGAAGGUUCAUUUGUUGCAGGCUAUGCAGGGUAUUGAGGUUGCGAUGAAGAGAUUCUUCUAUGCGUAUAAGCAGGUGUUGGCGGUGGUGAUGGGGAGUUCUGAAGCUAAUGGAAACCGAGUUGGGUUGAGUUGUGAUGGCGGUGACUCGUUGACUCAUAUGUUUCUUGAACCUACCUAUUUUCCAAGUUUGGAUGCUGCGAAGACGUUUCUUGGAUACUUUUGGGAUAAUGAUAAUAAAUGGGUGUGAAAGUGAUGGUUUAAUUUAAUUUUAAUACAAGUAUAUGAUGAUUAUACAACCUAGGUGAUGAUACUUACAUCUCCUUCGACAUUUUAUGGGUCAUUCACUUUAGUUUGAUAGUGAAACACAAAAAAUAGGAGUAAAAACAUUGUAAUCAUUAAAUUCUUUCCUUUUUUAUUUUAAAAUAUUAAAGUGGGUUAAAUUUUGUAAGUGGAUGGUGUGUAUGUGUCAAUUCUAGUGAGAAAUAUAACAAUUUUUUUGACUGAA